GCGAGCCGAGCCGGCGUGGAGGCCUGCGAGCACGGGCGCGCUCAGCCUCAGCAGCAGCAUGAGCACCUCCCAGCCCACUGCGCCAGAGCCAAGCCCUUCUGAGGGCACCAGAAGCUCGCCAGGGAAGGCUGUGGGGGGUGUUCGGGAAAAGGGCCCUCGGCUAUGCCAGCGGCUGCCCUCCAUCGUGGUGGAACCCAGCGAGACUGGUGCUGUGGAGAGCGGGGAGCUGCGUUGGCCCCCAGAGGGUCCCCAGAAGGGGGUCGUUCAGAGUCAGGCUGCUGCUGCUGCUGCUGCCUCUUCCUCAAGUCUACCAGGAGCACCAGAGAAGGCAGCAGACGAUGACGGUGGCAAGGGUGUUAGCUCUGGGCACCAGGCCCCUGGUCCAGUGACAGCUAAGGACAUGGCAGGGCCCUGCUCGCUGAUUGCUGAGCGGGCCUUAACCUCAAGGCGACUGGGCUGAUGUACAGCUGGGUCUGCUGGGACACCCAGAUGACUAAACUUCCUGUCUGGCCAGGACCUCAGCCCCUGUCCUCUCAUUCCAUGGCCCAGGUCUGGAGUAUACCCCUCUUUGUUCAGUGGUUUGAAGCACAAAUAAAGACACUUACUUCCUGGUG